UACAGGUAUAUAUUAAGCUCCCAACUUGGAUUAAUCAGUUGCUAAUUCUUCUUUAACCUGGGAAAACAGUGAAUCUCAAUCUACGAGAAGAAAAAUAUUUCAACAUGAUCAGUGCCAAACUAAUAGUAAUAGCGACGCUAUCCUUGUGUGCAGUUGGAUAUAUAAAUGCAGCAGACGAUGUGUUGCCUUCAGAUCCAGCCCUGCUGGCGAGAUACGUCAUACACAAAGCAGAAUGGGUGUCACUGGCAACCAUCUCGUCUCUAAAAGGCUACACUGGAUAUCCAUACGUGAGCUUGAAAUCAACCAGUGAUGGGCCUAAAGGCAAACCUUCGGGUAUAGCUUACCUCUACCUGACCGAUUGGGAAACUACAAGUAAAGACCUCGAGAAAGACGACAGAGUCACCAUAAUGGCGUCGCUUGCCCAAACUGAUUAUUGCAAGAAGAAAAACAUCGACCAGCAGAACCCCAUCUGUCCCAAGGUGUUCAUCAUUGGCAAAAUCGUCAAGUUGGAAAAAUCAACGCCAGAGUAUGUUUUCGGCAGAAAUGCGUUGCUGGAAAAGCACCCCGAGAUGAAGAGCUGGCCAGAAGAUCAUGGAUUCUACGUAGCAAAGGUAGACCCUAUUCUGAUAAGGCUCCUUGGGCACCACGGACCAGUGAAAGAGAUCUCAAAGGACGCUUACUUGAGCGCUGACGUCACUAGUUUGAUUUAAAUAUUCAGUGACAAAUAAAAUACACUAUUUAAGUAUACGUUUGUUAUAAUCGCGUUUUUAUCUAUGUUUAAAUAUAUUAAAUAUACAUUUUUAUAAUCAAAGUUCCUAAAUUGUAAGAAAUAAGUACGUAAACAGAUAAAUAAAUUAUGAAAAAUUA